GAACGUUUAACUCUUUUCUCUGCUUCCUCUGCUUCUAUAUUUGUAGGAAGCUCUCUCAACACUGUCUUCAAGACUAUCAAUAUUCAAUGCUAAUAUAAACUGUCGGCAGAAGUAGCUUCCUUCCUCUCUUGCCCUGCAUUUUUUUCCCACCUACUUUUUUCUUCACUUUCCUUUUUGUCCACUUAACCUGCACCGCCUAAGGCUGAACAAGUGGUGGCGCCGCCUGUUAACACAAUGCAGCGCCGCGGUGGAUUCGGUGGGAUUGUUACAUUAUGCUGCCUAGUCUUGUUUCAGUGUUCAAUGGUGUCUACUGCGGUCCCUGUGCCGCAACACAAGGUAGACCUACACUGGUACCCUGCCACUGCCACUUGGUACGGCAGUCCUGACGGCGAUGGUAGCGACGGGGGAGCAUGUGGGUACGGGUCAUUAGUUGACGUGAAGCCGCUGAGGGCCAGAGUGGGAGCGGUAAGCCCGGUGCUGUUCAAGAACGGGGAAGGGUGUGGGGCAUGCUUCAAAGUGAAGUGCCUAGACAAGAGCAUAUGCUCAAGGAGGGCCGUCACCAUCAUUGUAACUGACGAGUGCCCCGGCGGGUACUGCGCCAAUGGCCGCACUCACUUCGACCUAAGUGGUGCAGCCUUUGGCCGAAUGGCUAUAACCGGUGAGAGUUCACAGCUCAGGAACCGAGGCGAACUCCCAGUCCUUUAUAGAAGGACCCCAUGUAAAUAUCCAGGGAAGAACAUUGCCUUCCAUGUGAAUGAAGGGUCGACUGAUUAUUGGCUCUCUCUUCUGGUGGAGUUUGAGGAUGGAGAUGGAGAUGUUGGGUCAAUGCAUAUAAGAGAAGCCAAUUCGGAUGAGUGGUUAGAGAUGAACCAUGUUUGGGGAGCAAAUUGGUGCAUUAUAAGGGGACCCCUGAAAGGGCCCUUCUCAGUGAAACUAACAACAUUAUCAGCAGGAAGAACAUUAUCAGCGAGGGAUGUUAUUCCAAGAAAUUGGUCGCCAAAAGCAACUUACACCUCUCGCCUUAACUUCAAACUCUAAAAGCCAUCACGAAGAGGGAACUAAGCCCCCUUUUUUUAUGUCUCCUUAGUCCCCCAAAAGUAUUGCUAGUCUGUUUUUUCGUUUUAAAGGGAAAAGGAAGCCGGUUGGUCAGCAUAAUAGCAUCCAAGGGUUCUUUAUUCCUUUUUAUUAUCCUUUCUCUUAAAUAGUUUUCUUUGGUUCUACAGUGUGAAAGUGUUAUUAUAGAUGAAUGUAGCCCUCUCCAAAGGAGAGUGUGCGUUUAGCAUUGUUGCUGCCA